AUGCCUCAAGCGAAGCAUGCUUGCCGGCUGUGCGGUCAGACGGGACACCGUCAGGAGACGUGCCCGAGCACAGUUGGGCAGAUCAUCCGUGAUCUGAAAGCUAAGCUUGGACAGCGUGCCGGCAAAGCAGGCAAGGAGCGACGGCUGCGGCGUGUGCGCAAGGACGGCAAGCUGAAAGCACAGGCUACGCAGUCCUACAGUGGCAGUGCACAGAAGGCCGUAUGUUUGGGCAAGUGCACAGCUAGACAUGUUUUGUUCCGGGGAGCCCUGGACACGAUCGCCCGGCAGCUGCUCACGGAUGUCUCCGCGAAGGCCGACCAAGCAGCCAGCCUCACUACUGGACCAGUCGGGACUGACGGCGCGGCCGAGGGCCUUGUUCGGCAAGAGCUUGCCAAUGCCUUCGAGGCAGCGGCCCGUGGGGCGACUGUGUCUCCUACCGGGUCGAUCGAAGGCAGCGUUGUGAUGCCAGGAUCUGAGGGCGGCAGCAUGACGGAUGCCGAGCAGCUCGCGGCCGCGGCAGUGCGUGCCGCUGCCGCCCCGUCGUCCGUGGGAGCCAUGGAGCUGUUGCAGGAUUCACGGGAAGAUCCGGUGACGAUCCCUCCCUUGGCUAGCUUCGCGCAGAUGGGCGGGACUCCCACGGUUGUUUCCAUCGGGUCCGUGCAGCAACAGGCUCCGGGAAGCUCAUUGCCAUCCGGCGGCUCAUUCUCUGCUGGCGCACAGGCCACCGAGGUGGCCAUCGAGUCUGUCGCCCAGCAGCUGAUCACGGACGUCACUCGAAAGGUGGACCGGGCCGCGAGUGUAGCGACGGGUCCGAUGGAACUGGAGGCCGAGACGCAGGAUUUCGUCGAGGAGCAAGUGAACAAUGCCUUGCAGGCGGCAGCCCGUGGUGCAGUGGUGACUCCCACGGCAUCCAUAGAAGGCAGCGUGGUGAUGCAAGGGUCAGUGGACGGCAGUUUGACCGAUGCAGAACGGCUCGCGGCUGCAGCCUUCGUGAGAGCCGCCGCGACAUCCACCGCUGCCGCCGUUGAUGUGUCGCAGGAGCAAGCCGCUGUUAUCCCUCCUUUGGUGAUCUCGCCACAAGUCGCCCCGAGUCCAACAGUUGUCUCCGGUGCAUCUGCGCCAGACCGAAGCGGCAUGGCACUUGGAAUCGAGGUGGAGCAGGGUGCAGUCGCGGCAGUUCACCAAAAUGCAGGGCAAGACCGGACACCUUCAGCGACGUCGGCGCCGGGCGACCCCCGGGAAUUGGAUGCAGCAAUGGCUGCGAAAGAGUUGGUCACAGAGAUCACGAAUGACAAGGAGCUCUUGCCAACACCAGCCGAGGUGCCUGCCCACUCUGCCACUGGCUCUGUCGAAGGCGCUGCCACAGCACAAGGGUCGGACGGCGGCGUGAAUGUGCAGAUGGCUGAGCGACUGGCGAAUGCCGCCUUCGCGGCAAUCCAUCCGCCACCCUCCUCGGCAAUGGAGACGCACAUCUCCCAGGAUGGAGCCGUGCUGCCUCCCAUCGUCAGCUUCGGGCCGGGCGGAGUGCCCCUCACGCCGACUGUGGUCUCGAUCGAGUCUAUGGGCGCGGGCUACGGUGCACUGGGCGCAGAGAUGACACAA